UUUGGUCACGUCGCUCGCUCUCAUUGGCUGCUUCUCCUUUUGUUGCACGGUCAUGUGACCAGACGCUUCCCCUGCAGGGGAUUUUAUUCAGUCUCUGCCAGUGCAGUGCUGGGAGCGGAACAGUCUCUCAGGUUGGCUGAAUGUCUCUAAAGUUGCACCCAUGCAGUCUUGCUCGCUCGAACCAAUCAGCAGGCAGCAUUUACUGGUCACCUGUUUAAAAACAAACAUCUUAUUGGUUGCUAUGGGUUACUGCACCUGGGCAAACUUAGUGCCUUUUAUUACAUAUGGGGGGUUAGUAUUUUGUACACAGCUGCAUUUUUUUAACCUCUUCUUAUUCUGCCGAUAGAUAUGUUUAUAAUUAUGCCAGGAUAUAAGGGUGCCCCCAGCUGCCCCAAAGUGGCCAACCCUAUGGCCUAGUUACCUGCCUUGCAGAUUUAGCAGUCGUUACCCCAAGGGGAUAUCCCUCAGGCUAUACCAGAUGUACCAUAGUUACCCCAAGGGGAUAUACCAGAUGUACCAUAGUUACCCCAAGGGGAUAUACCAGAUGUACCAUAGUUACCCCAAGGGGAUAUACCAGAUGUACCAUAGUUACCCCAAGGGGAUAUACCAGAUGUACCAUAGUUACCCCAAGGGGAUAUAUCAGAUGUACCAUAGUUACCUUAAGGGGAUAUACCAGAUGUACCAUAGUUACCCCAAGGGGAUAUACCAGAUGUACCAUAGUUACCCUAAGGGGAUAUACCAGAUGUACCAUAGUUACCCCAAGGGGAUAUAUCAGAUGUACCAUAGUUACCUUAAGGGGAUAUACCAGAUGUACCAUAGUUACCCUAAGGGGAUAUACCAGAUGUACCAUAGUUACUCCAAGGGGAUAUACCAGAUGUACCAUAGUUACCCCAAGGGGAUAUACCAGAUGUACCAUAGUUACCCCAAGGGGAUAUAUCAGAUGUACCAUAGUUACCCUAAGGGGAUAUACCAGAUGUACCAUAGUUACCCCAAGGGGAUAUACCAGAUGUACCAUAGUUACCCCAAGGGGAUAUAUCAGAUGUACCAUAGUUACCCUAAGGGGAUAUACCAGAUGUACCAUAGUUACCCCAAGGGGAUAUACCAGAUGUACCAUAGUUACCCCAAGGGGAUAUAUCAGAUGUACCAUAGUUACCCUAAGGGGAUAUACCAGAUGUACCAUAGUUACCCCAAGGGGAUAUAUCAGAUGUACCAUAGUUACCCUAAGGGGAUAUACCAGAUGUACCAUAGUUACUCCAAGGGUAUAUACCAGAUGUACCAUAGUUACCCCAAGGGGAUAUAUCAGAUGUACCAUAGUUACCCUAAGGGGAUAUACCAGAUGUACCAUAGUUACCCCAAGGGGAUAUACCAGAUGUACCAUAGUUACCCCAAGGGGAUAUAUCAGAUGUACCAUAGUUACCCUAAGGGGAUAUACCAGAUGUACCAUAGUUACCCCAAGGGGAUAUAUCAGAUGUACCAUAGUUACCCUAAGGGGAUAUACCAGAUGUACCAUAGUUACCCCAAGGGGCUAUACCAGAUGUACCAUAGUUACCCCAAGGGGAUAUAUCAGAUGUACCAUAGUUACCCUAAGGGGAUAUACCAGAUGUACCAUAGUUACCCCAAGGGGCUAUACCAGAUGUACCAUAGUUACCCCAAGGGGAUAUACCAGAUGUACCAUAGUUACCCCAAGGGGCUAUACCAGAUGUACCAUAGUUACCCCAAGGGGAUAUAUCAGAUGUACCAUAGUUACCCCAAGGGGAUAUAUCAGAUAUACCAUAGUUACCCCAAGGGGCUAUACCAGAUGUACCAUAGUUACCCCAAGGGGAUAUAUCAGAUGUACCAUAGUUACCCCAAGGGGAUAUACCAGAUGUACCAUAGUUACCCCAAGGGGCUAUACCAGAUGUACCAUAGUUACCCCAAGGGGAUAUACCAGAUGUACCAUAGUUACCCCAAGGGGAUAUAGGUAUUCUGAUGGGGAUUCUGAUGACCCGGGUGGGUUGCAGAUGUAACACGGGGUGGGGGGGGCAAUGUGUCCGUGCACGCGUGUCGCUUUCCAUGUUCUCUGGCGCCAUGUCCCCAUGUCCCGCUCCCUG